CCUCAUCCCGAAAAGUUGGGCCCCCCAGGCUCCAGGACGGUGUCCCUCACCAGACCACCGCCCAAACUGCAGGGCUGCAGCCCACUCGCGGGAGGGCUGGGUUGGGGGCCGGGGAGAGUGCCCCGCCCAGCCGCGCGCCGGCCCCGCCUCCUCGGGAAGGAAGAUUUAGCUCAGAGGAGCCGAGGCUCCGUCCCCAGCUGGACCCCGACCGAGACCUGACGGCGGAGGCCCAGCCCGCCCGGCCCAUAGCCCGCAGACCGCCGCCCAGUCGGCCCCGACGGACGCAGCCCUGCGUGCCAUGGCCUGGCUCCUGACCGUCACCCUCGGUUGCAUCAGCCUUCUCUACCUGCAGCUCCCGGGCACACUGUCCCGCGGCCUGGCAGGAGGCCCGCGGCCCGCCCGACCCAGGGAGCCCCCAGCCUGGACCCCUUCCAGUGGUCCACAGCCCCGGUAUCCUGCACCCCGGCCUAUGGUCUGGAAGCUACACCAGGCCCUCCAGCCACAGAGGAGCAACAGCCUGGCCCCUGCUAUGGGUCAGUCUCUCCGGGGUGGCCCCCACCGACAUUUGGGCCCCCACAGGCCCCGAGCCCAGCUUCUGCGGGUGGGCUGUGUACUGGGCACCUGCCAGGUACAGAACCUCAGCCACCGCUUAUGGCAGCUCGUCGGGUCAGCCGGCCCCCGGGACUCAGCCCCUGUGGACCCCAGCAGCCCCCACAGCUAUGGCUGAGGAGGAGCCGUAUCCCACCUGGAUGCUGCACCCCAACCCCAGAGCUGCAGCUGAGCCCCCAGCCCUGGCCCAGCCCCCGGAGCUUCUGAAGACAGCAGUGACCGGAACAGUGGCGCAGGCCCCUGAGGAGACCCACACCCCACCCCACACCACCACGUUCUGCAGCAGCCAAACUCAAAUGGCUUGGGAUACAUAAACCCAUGCACACAUGUAGACCACAGGCAAAGUCCAUUCACCAGGGAGUCCGCACACCCCGGGAGUGGGCACACUCGGGGCAGGUGCCAAGCAGAGGUGGCCGGCAGCAUCAGAUGCCAAAAAGGGCUUCAGAGGGGAGGGGUCUGUCCAGGCAUGUGGAGCAGAAGCCAGGUUCUGACCGCCCAGGGCCACCUCUGGGCCAGCAAGAGGGGCCGAGUUGGCCCAAUGUGGUCCCUUCCUGCUGAUCCCAAUAUCAUUGGAUUAAAGCCCAGCUUUGGGCGUGCACAGUUUGCCUGCCCCAGGUCCCCAGCCUCUGCCACCCCUGUACCCUUGGGACUGGGAGAGCCUCAGGGAGGAGGCUACUGUGGUCCCGGGCUGUGGUGAGGGAGGGCAGGCUGUGCUGGGAAGUGCACUGCCCCAGCGCCAACCUGGAGCCUGGCCCCAAGGUCAUAGUGGAGACCCCUGCCUGGAUCUUUGUGAGCAGCUGGGGAGAGGAUGUAGGGGUUCAGGAGCCAUGCUGGGGCCUUCGGGGGCAGGGCAGGGCAGAACUCCUCUUCCCCCCUGCCCAGGGCAGGGCGGGCUGGGGUAGGGGCAAGAUCUCCCAGCCCAAAGAGGUCAGUUAAGUCAGAACCACCUGUUCUGACUCAGGGAGAUGGGAAUGGCCACACAAGAGUGAGGGCUCCCUGACCCCUACCCUGCCCAGUGCGGGGACUCAUGGGGGCAGCAGGAGGCUGGAGCAGGCUUGCCCUGAGAGCAGGCUUGCCACGAGCUGGGGAGCAGGGGCUGGCCUCAUGGUCAGAAGGUUCGCGGCCAGCGUGCGUAGAGUUGGUGGUGUGUGUGCACCAUGGGGCCUUUACGUGCUGACUGCGGAGCCUCCGGCAGUCCCCGAGGGCUGACCCUCAUGCCACAUUGACAUGACCCAGGGUUCAGAAAGGUGGUUUCUGUUAAAGCUCUUCAUUUCUCGGUGUUUGCCUGUAUCACCCUCUCAGCCACCCUUGGAGGGAGGUGCGUCAUUAUGUCAACUCUAGAGGCAGAACCUGCAGCCCAAAGGUCAAGGAUGUGCCACAGUCACGGCAGCGCCCACUAGCAGAGCCACGCAUUGGGUCGCAGGCACAACUGCCGCUUAGAUACCACGGGGGCCCCAAGGGUGGGAGGCUCCUGGAAGCACCCACCCCUGUGCUAGCUCUUCCAGCUCAGGGGUCACCUUGCCAGCAAGGCACCCUCCCUCCACGAGGCCCUGUGGGAAGAGUUCAGGCUGUUCCCUGCCCUUCUAGAGGCCUCUGUGCCCAAGGAGAUGGACCAGGAAUUGCAGUGCAGGGUGAUCAGAGUCACGGUGGGGAGCAGAACAAGGCAGGCUGCCUGGAGGAGGUGUGGGUUUGAAGACAACAUGGGUCCCUGGGGAAGGAGCUGAGAGUGCCAAGGCCCCAGUCCACAGGAGGUGUGGGUGUGGCCAGGGAGGCUGCCCAAAAGCAGCUAAGAGAGGCUGGAACCAGCAUGUGUGAGGGGGGGUCUGAGAGGCCAGUGGGCCAGGUCUCAGAGCUGUGUGCCUGUGGUCACUGAAGGGUGUCAGCAGAGGCGGGCAGGGAGGGUGGGCAGUGAGGACAGGGCAAAGGGACUGGGCAGUGGAAGGGGAGGGGUCCAGGAGGGUCAGGAGCUCAGCUUGGCCAAGACCCUCCCAGGCUCCGCCCUGGGGCAGAGUCCUCUGUACAGGAUGCUCCCUCUGCCAGGAACACCCCACACUGCUCCUCCUCGCAGUGGCACCCCCCCCUCCUCAGAGUGACACAGGCUGCCAGCUCCCCAGGAUUCCACCACCCUCGCUAAGGCACUCAGUUCCCCGAGCCUUAGUUUGCUUUUCCAUGAAGCAGGAUGGACUGUUGACCUCAUGGCAUUGCUGUGCAGUGUCAUGAGGCCACCUGCCAUGGUGACAGCAUCGCACCUGGUGUCCCCCUGGCCCCUGAUCUCCAGGCUGUUUCCUGGCUGCCUACCUCAUGUGUACCCACUUGGAGGUCCGGCCGGAGCACCCAGGCUGCCCUAGCACCCCGCAUCUCCCCAAAGCCUUCCCCCUGCUCCCGCCCUGGUCAGAACCUCUUCUCCCUCUCCUUAUCCCGGCUCCCUCAUCCCGUCUCCUGUCUGUGGCCAUUUGCCCCUUCUCCUGGGCCAAGCCACCACCUGCUUUCCGGGUGAUGGCUCCAGCCUCCUCCCUGGAGCCCCUCUCCAUCCCUCUGGCAAACGCUGGCUGAGCAUGUGGGGAGACAGUGAAUAAAACACGUACCCCAACAUGCUAGUGGGAGGAGACAGGAAAACAGCCUCAAAAGUAGGAGAAAAGACGCAGCAGGUGGAAGAAUGAGGUGCUGGCAAGCCACAAGGUCACGGGCCCUGAAGGCAGGUCGCACUUGCCAUUUUAAAUGGCGGCCCCUGCGCUGCCCCCGCCCCGGGCUAUACUCUGAGCACGUGGGAGGAGCCCACAGUAGAGCAGCCCCCAUAGGCUCCUUCACUCACAGUGAAGCCGCGGUACCCUGACCUGCACCCCACGAGGCCUGGUCCCGACACCCCACGCUUUGCCCACUGCCCACUCCCCACCCAGACUCCACUGUAACCACACGCAGGCCCCUUUCUCUCCAGAGCGCCAGCCUCCUUCCAGCACGAGACAAUGGCUGCCUCCCUUCAUGUCUGCCUCCUCCUUGGAGAAGGUCAGGCCCCAGGCAGGCAUGUGUGUCAGGUCCCUGCUAAGUCCAGACGCAGCCCACAUGUAACAAGUGGCCCUCACCCCAAGAGCCAGACAGAGAUCCCCCUUGAGCAGACUUGAGUCAGGCUCCUCCGAGCCCUCUGCUCCACGAGGCCUUGCCCAGUUGGCAGACCUGUUCAAUGCUCAGCCCCCACCCUUGAGAUCUGAUCAAAUCCUCAGCCCCCACCCUUGAGAUCUGAUCAAAUCCUCAGCCCCCACCCUUGAGAUCUAAUCAAAUCCUCAGCCCCCACCCUUGAGAUCUGAUCAUUCUGGCCUGCCUUCGGCAACAAUCUCGUCAAGUUUAACAAGAAUCCCCCCACCCUUGAUGUCUCCUCUUGGCAAUUUUCCAUCCACCGACCCCCACUCUGCUCACUGGUUUUCAAGCCCCCCAUCUCCCUGUGUUCGUAGUGGAGCCCAUCUCUCUGCCUGAUUGCAAUA